AUGGCCCAGCUGAUCCCUGGGGGGCUGCUGCUGGCCCGACAGGCCGGAAACGCCACCGUUCCCCUUGUGCUACCGCAACAAUCACUGGACCUCUCCAGCUACCCGACGACAGGCCUUCAACAGUUUGGCCUGUUUAUUAUCAUCUUCUUCCCGGUCGUGUCACUGCUGCUCGUGGGGCUGCGCGUCUACGACCGCGCAAAGACAAAGACGUUCGGGCUGGACGAUGGCUUCAUCAUUGUGGCCACACUUUUGGCAGCGGCCGAAGCCGUCUUCUCGUACGCCAUGAUGAAGCUGCAGUACAUCGGUGUCCACGUUUGGCAGCUCCCGACGACCCCAUACGAUCCCAGACUCGGCUUGAUCCUGAACUACAUAGUGGUCAUGCUCUACAACCCGGAGUUGGGCCUCGUCAAAUCAUCCGUCCUCUUCUUCUUGCUUAGACUUGGUGGUCACCAGCCUCUGCUACGGCGGUUAAUACACGUUCUCAACUGGUCCAACAUUGCCCUCCUGAUCGCGGUUCUGUUCGCCUCCAUCUUCACCUGCGUGCCGGUCCACAAGUACUGGGACAGGACCGUCCCGGGAGUGUGUAACGUUGAGAGUUACCAGUAUCUGAUCACGUCAGGCCUGACCGUCCUCACCGAUGUUCUCGUGCUGGCCAUCCCGGUCAAGAUCGUCAUUGGGCUUCAAAUCCCCAGAAAGCUCAAGAUUAUCCUCAUUUGCCUCUUGUGCUCCGGCAUCAUCGUCACAAUCUUCAGCAUCCUCCGCAUGCGCGCCCUCUACCUAAUGUAUUACCCGCCCCCGAAUCCGGGCCCAGACCCGACCUACGACAUCAGCUUCGUCUACUCGACCGUCGAGUGCAACCUGGCCAUCAUCACGGCGACCAUCCCACCCCUGCACGGGCUAAUGCGCCGGUGGUUCCCGCGCUUCUUUCACAUCACGUCGCUCCAGAACUCGGCCUACCACAACAACAACGGCUACAGCGGCGGAUCCCGAGGCGCCGUGCGCACCAUCGGCGGCUCGAGCAUGGCGCUCAAGGACCUCAAGAGUCCCACGUCCCCGUCCCAGCGCGCGAGGCUCAACAGCCUGUCCAACAGCGAGGAGGACAUCCUGGGCAAGGAUCGGAUUACGCGUACGACCAAAAAUUAUGAGGAAAACACAGAGACCAAAGACUGGGUUCAGUGCUAG